AGGACGGAGUUGGGACGUGCAAUGGCGCUGCUGCUGCGGGGAAGCUGGGCGGCCCUGAGGGCACUGGGCCGGACCGCCGCUCUCCAAGCCCCGGCCGCCGCCACCGCCGACCGGGGGCUGCUUGAGCCGCCCCCAUGGAGCGGUUCUGUCUGUGGAUUGGAGUGGUUUAUGAAGGACUGUACUUUAUCUAAUGCUCCAAAGAAGCCUGUGACUUCAUACAUUCGUUUUGUAAUGGACCAUAGACCCAUAGUCAGAAAACAAAAUCCAGAUUUGAAAAACACAGAGAUAAUUAAGAAGAUUGCUGAGGCUUGGAGGGAGCUUCCAGAAUCACAGAAGAAAGUAUAUGAAGAAGCUACCAAGGCAGAUUUAAAAAUAUACAAAGAAGAGCUCUCUAAAUAUAUGGCAGAGCUCCAUCCUAAUCUCCUAAUUUUGAAAGAAGAGAAGCGUCGAAGAAAGUUUAGAAAGGAAGCAAUAAAGAAAAAAAGAGAGCUAACUGCCUUUGGAAAGCCCAAAAGACCUUGCUCAGGUUAUAACAUUUUUGUCUCUGAACACUUUAAGAAAGCAAAAGGGAUUUCAGCACAGGAAAUGCUGAAGCUUUUAAACGACGAGUGGAAAAAUCUGGCGGAAUCUCGGAAGCAGGUAUAUUUACAACUUGCCGAAGAUGAUAAAAUUCGUUAUGCAAAUGAAAUUAAAUUGUGGGAAGAAAAAAUGCUUGAAAUUGGACGGGAAGAUCUUCUACAGUAUUCGAAGGGAAAAGUCAGUAUGAGGAGAACACGUUGA